GACGCGAUGUCGGCAAGUGGGUUGGUGUUUCAGUCUUGGUUGCCCGUCGCGUGAGAUCGCUCGCAUAUAAUCAAAAUAAUUACAAAUUUCGUCAAUAUACACCAUACAUAAAUAUGGCCCGAAGUGGAGUGCACCUCUUAAGCUUGGCUGCCCUAUUGGCUGUCAUAGAAAUCGGUUCGUGCCUGCAGUGCUACCAGUGUAACUCUGAAUCAGACCCGAAAUGCAAAGAUCCCUUCUCAGCUACUAAGAGCUUAGUGGACUGCAAUACUCAGGAUUCGAUCAACUACAACCGCCAGUACUUGCGAGACAUUCUGCCACGAGAACUCGUCGAAGGAGUCACUGGAGCACCAAGAUACUGUCACAAGAUUAUCAUGCAAAGCGGAGCAACUGUACGUACUUGUUUGGAUGCUAAUCCAACCGACCUGAACCAUUCCUGCCGUCUCUUCAACAACCAGGCUACCCAGGCACCAGCUGAUCCCAGCAAGCGUAUCAAGUACUGCAGCGUGUGCGACAAGGACCGUUGCAAUGGAGCUGGAUCCAUCGCCGUUUCUAUUCCUCUAGCAAUCUUCGCUCUCAUCACGUCAUACCUCUACAGCAAGCAAUAAUACAAUGAACUAGAAUCCGAAACGGUCAGCUUUUACCAUGCUUACCGCUUUGAUGAUAUUACACCUUAAAAUUAAAACUUAUGAACUACAACUAAGAGCUAAUGCAAACAAUGUCACCCUUUCAUCACACUGUAAAACGUUUAAAAAUUCAAAUGAGUUAACGAGAGGUCAAGAUUGUGACGAUUAAUAACAAAAUAAUUAGUUGUACAUCGAAAACCGUAAUCAGUUUGUAAGCUACAUAAAAGUAUAAAGAUUUAAUUUAAAUAAGUUUACAUAAUUAUUCUAGCUUUAUAUAUUUAACUAUAUUUUUCGUAAAAAAAAAUAUGAUUAUUAUCUAUUGCCUAUAAAACAGCGAACCCAACAAACAGUGUAACAGUAUUUCUAUCGCAUAUAUGAAAAUUAUUAUGAUUUUAGAAAGGAAGAUAUUGUAACUGUUACUCAUUACACAUUUUUAAGAAUAGGCUUUUAAAUAGCCAAAAUGUAAGUCAAAAUAAUCCGAUGUUUAUAUCGUGUAUUGUAAACAAUUUUAAGUGCCAAAGCGGCUUAUUUUAAAUAUAUACAAAAUUAAAAUACAAUGGCCUUGAUUAUAUACAACCCGUCCAAAAAUUAUUUGUUUUUGCUUGUUCGAACAUGUUACAUUAAGUAUAUUUAACAUAAAUGUUAUAGAAAGUAAUAGGUAAAUACCAAAAACUGAUAUUAAUAAAGUUAUUGUAUAGUAUUUUUUUUUAAUUUUUAGUUUCUGGUUAUAAUUUAAAUUCCUGCACAGAACAUAAUUUGUACAUUUUACAAUUAAUUGCAUUAAAAAUAUAAUCUGGUAUAAAAUAGACUCAUUUUCAAUAUUGUCAAGAAAUUCCCAGACAUUGUGUUACUAAUAUAGAAUGGUUAAUUUUAAUUUGCAGUUGUAUGUAAACAAUUAUUUUAGGCACAAGAUAAUUAUAUUAAUCUAAAACAUUAUUUUAAAAAAUAAUUAACUAAGCAUUUAUAUAUACAAUAUUAUGUGUUGACUGUCCCUUUAAGACGUAUGUAUUUGUAAUAAAGUUAAUAAAAACAGGAA